AUGAAUCGCCAGUCGCCUGGAGAACAACCGAAACGACGCCCGGGUCGCCCGAAGGGCUCAAAGAACAAGCCAAGUGCGAAGAAUGUCGGACGUCCGCGGAAAGACGGGCAACCACCGCAGAAGCGUGUUCGUACAACGCAGGAGGAGCAGCGUCUUGCUAAUAUGCUGCAUGUCUCGGAAGAAGCGGACAAUGCGACCACGUCUGCGGCUGUCACAGAGUCACUGGAGGAUGAGGAUAAUGAGGACAACAGAACAUCAAGCUUCUUGGAACGCCGGGCAUCAUCUGCGCCCGUUCGGCCCACCGCCACCGUUGCUGUUAGCACGGCGGCGCCAGCAGCUGCCACAUCAAGUGCGCUCGUCUACGCCAGCACGGAGACUCCUGCAGAUGCGGCGAUCCCGCCGUUGACUCAGGUUGCGGCUACGACAGUGGUAGAUUUGCCUGAAUGGUAUGCGAAGGCCCAGGAUAAUCCAUAUGGCUCCGACAUUGCACUCGCCGAGCCACUCUACACUAUCGGAGGCGAGUUUGACGACAGCGAUGAUCGGUCAUAUGUUGCCGCAGACGAAGACGACCUCGACGAUGAAUUUCGUGCGUGUGGAGAUGACGAUGCCGAAGACGACUUUGCACCUCCAACGACCGAGGUACAGGGAAAGGCGGGCGAGGGAAGCAACACCGGGACGACUUCGACAUUGCCAGCCAGCCGUCCGACGACCUCGCGCUCGAGCAUGCCAAUAUGGCUUGCAAACGAGUAUGCCCUGGUCCGUGAUAAGCUGAAAGGCGAGAUUGCGGCCGGGACAACGAAGUCGUCCAUCGGUGGACCCAGCAGUCUUCUACCGCCCACGGUGGCCGCCGGGCGGCGUACUACCGAUGGCAAGGUGGUCUUCUUGCAGCAGCUAGGCUGGGUAGACAAGCCUCGUCGGGUCGUCGAUAUCGACCACUGCGAAUACAUCAUAGGGUAUCGCUACCGGUGCGGCAACAGGGAGUGUCGCCACACCUACCGCAGUUGGAGCCCGGCGAUCCUUGAUGUGCUCCCCGAGUCGCUUGCAAUGCAGUUCACCUUCCGGCUCACCUACCGAAGCGGCCUCACGGACCGUCUCACAGGCCUUCUUCGUGACAUGUUCCGUGUCGGCAUUGGAGCAGAGACAUUCACAUCUGUUGUCCAGUCACACCAUUACCGCCGCUACGACCAGCUGCAUUUGCAAUACCUCGAGCUAGUACGGGAACGUCGAGAAGGGAACAUGAGCAAGUUUCUCGCCAAGGUUGCUCCUUUUAGCUCGUUCUCUGACCGCGCGGGCUAUGCGGGCUUUGUGCCAUCAUCAAUGUACUUCCGCAAGUUCUACGAUACACUCAUCGAAUCGUGGGCGCCGCAAAUUCAGCAACAUACGGCUAUGUUGUCAGCGGAGAUCCUCUCUGCAAUGAAGCGCCUCGCCCGCGUUCAUGGAGUGUCCGUAUUCCCGGGACUCCAUUCAACCGUGAACGAGUACGGUGAGAUUCGUGCCAUGGCGUUGUCUGCGUCGAAGGCCCACGAUCAGUACAUCCCAAUUCUGAGCAAGAUACCGACAUCGUUGCGGCUCUUCGGACAUCGCCCCACGCAAUGCAUCUUCACAGAUAACGUCCGCGCUGACAAGCUACAGCUUGAAGCCGCCUUUCCCUCUCUCCGUGAUGGCGUCUCCCCCAUACCCACCCUCUCAGACCUGCCACCGCUCGCUCUUCCCCCCGGGUGGACCUCGGCCAUCCUUUCCACCGUACAGCAAGUUAAUCUACGCUUCAACAUCAUCAUGAACCAUCGCACGAGCGAUUCACUGGCCACCGUCGCGUUUGACAUGGAGUGGCCUGUAGAUACGUCUAAUGGUAUACACGGCCGUGUCGCCCUAAUCCAGAUUGCAUAUCAACAAUCCAUAUAUCUUAUUCAGACAUCUUCUUUCAUAGAGGACGGGAAAAUCCGACUUCCCUCCUCCCUUCUGACAUUCUUGCGCUCGCCCCUGUACCGCAAGGUGGGCGUCAACAUCGGCGCGGACUUCAAGAAGCUCUUUGCCGACUGCGGCUUCUCUCUCGGCGACCCUGUGUUUGCAGGACAUGUAGAACUAGGAGCACUCGCAGUUUCACGGAACGCGGCCAUGCGCAGAGGCGUCGGUCUGGCAGACCUUGUCAGGAAUGUGCUCCGCCGCUCGCUGAACAAGGAUCCCAACAUCCGAGUCAGCACACGCUGGGCGGACCGCGAGCUGCUCCCCGACUUCGUUGCAUACGCUGCCCUGGACGUCUAUGCAGUCUGGGCUGUGUAUGCCAUACUAGGAACCAUGGAGACUGCUCAGCUCGUCACCACCGAUUCCCCAGGAGGUAGUCCUGUAACGCUCUAUGCGUCUGACGGCCGGGAAGUCGCCUCCGGAAUCAUAGCUCUCGACCGAGUCGACCAGCUGAAUGGGAUCAAGGUGACCCCAGCGCGGACUCUAAUUACAGUGUCCUCUGUGCGCGUACCUGGCUAUAUGCACCCUCCAAGUCUAUCUCCUUCCCACUCCGCAACCGCGCUCUCUGCAUUUGGAAGCCCGCCCUUCCAACUUGUCGUCUUCUCACGGAUGCUCCGGACUGCCCCUGCUUCCCCGGACGUGGUCUCGGCUCACGCUCGUCAAGCUUCGGAUCUGGGACCACCGUCCGAGUCAAAUCCUCUCCCUGUCCCACCGCCCACAUCGACCGGUCCCCCGCCGACGGUUUCUAACACGUCAACGCUAUCUCGAGCUGCGGCUGAUUUGACAAAUGCAACGUCUACCUCCAAGGCUAUCCCUUGUGCCGCACAGUCAGAACCGCCAACUCCCGGUGCCACUGCCACAAACGAGUCCGUGAUCAAUACUGGCCUCCUCGACUCCCUCAAUCUCUCUGACCCUCUCCCGUUGUUGUGCUCCUGCAACUCCGAUGCUGACGCCUGCGAUGCAUCGUCCGGGGAUCACGCGCAGAAGGAACAAUCUGUUGAAGAGUCUCUGACAGAUCCAGAUGCGGAGGCGGCGCUCCGAGUGCUUCUUGCGCAGUACGACGAGCUUGACAGCGCUACCCUUCAGGCAACACGCUCUCGUGUUCUGGGCGACAUUUUCCACCUACAUCAUCAGUUCCCCAUAUCGCAGCAUCAUGGAUUGCGGCGCCCCUUCUCGCGUGCUCUCAGUGCGGCGCUCUUCAUUCCGGACCGCGAGGACAAGGCAGCUGUCGAAGCUGUUCUCAAGCAGCGUGGUUUGUCAUAUAACUCGAAGAUCCUUUCAGAUCCUGCAUGGGUCCUCCGCCGUGUCCGCCGCUAUGUCCCCCCUCCGGAGAUUCUCCUUCCCCGGGUGACGGCGGUGAUCAAGACAUAUGGUGCGCUCAAGGACUCCGUCACCGGGCAGCCACUGUUCAACCAGCGGGCUUGGGAUAUUUCGGCCAACAUCCUCGAGAACGUUCGUAUGGGCUACUACUCCGAUCCGCCCGGUUUACAGCUCUUCUACCAAAUCGGACAGGACAAGUACGGGCUCACAUUGUACCGCUGCUGCCGUGGAACCAACGACGUUGAGGGGGGUGUCCAUCAGAACUUGAUACGUCGCUUCACGUCGUUCAACAUCUCCCCUCGCCACGCCGUCGGCACGCUCAAUCGCACCGGGCGCAAAUAUCUCGGUCAUUUCGACAUCCCACUGAAGAACCGGACUGCUCGCAUACUCGACACUCUCGCAGCUGCAGAGACAUUCAGUUCUCAAGUCCGGCAUCUGCGCAGUGGCUGGGUUAACGGCGACGACUACACCCGUGCUGAUGAGGUGUUUGGUAUCUUGCGGUUUGAUGAGAACACGCAGCAGCGGCUGGGGAUGCUGCCAUACAGUCCCGAUUUUGUCCGGGACACCCGCCCUCGUCACGCCUACCUCAGCGAGAGACAAGGUACCCGCUUUGCAGUCUUACCAGUGCACUCGCGCGACGAGCGGGACUUGUUCCACCUCCUCGUUGAGACCGCCACAGUGACUACGGCUGCGACGCAGCCAAACUGGGAGAAGUUGGUGAACGUGUGGGCGGGACAUGCAGACGGGCGAUCCAUAUUCUACAAGCUCCCCGAACAGUUGAAGUCGUACUACAAGACCUGGCUCGACUUCUGCAACGAGAACAACACCGUCGCUCUCAACGUACAAGCUUGCAAGCGAAUUCGCACACUCCUCAAACCUUCUACUCGUACUGCCCGUCCAGUCUCUCCUGUGCACCCGGUUUCUCUUGACAGUGCCAUCGUUGUCUCCCCCGCGCGGCCUUCUCCGGAACCAGACACCGAUCGCUGGAGUAUUCAACAGCUUCUGGCGCGCCAUGAGACGGUCCAAUUCGCUGUCCAGUACCGCUAUGGUGACCGCCCCAGUGUUUCCCCGGCUUUGGCCCUCCGACUAUCCCGGCUGCCCGCCCUCCCCAAAGGAAGCGACGAACAUGCACGCGCUGUCACAGCGAUCAGUGCCCCGGGAGGUGGAAGGUGA